GAGUCGCCAUUUUUAUUUGUCGGAAAAGGGAGGUCUGAUAAAGAACGUAUUUUACCUCUUUCUUAUAAACUAAUUCCAUUCAAAUGUAGCUCGAUUAUAAACUAGAUGAUGUAUCUACUUAGCGUAGAAGUGAUUAGUUGACAAUCGAUUUAUUAAGGGAUUUACUGACUUUUUGAAAUUUCUGUUCGACGCAAAUUAUGAGCGCGGGCGAUCCAUUGUCCCUAGCGUUGGGGCAAAUCUCAUCUGCCGUCAAAGAACUUUCGAAGAAAAAUUACAAUACYACGGUCAAGGAAAUACAUGAGUUGAUUGACAAGCAUGGAUUCGAAGCAGAGCGUCAUCUGUUUUAUGUUUUGUUCUCAUCUGUUGACUUUACAUCUGAUCCUAAAAGCUCGGGAAGAGAUCAACAACAGGUUCAAUUGCUUACUCAAGAAUGCCAGUCACUUAUAACUAAACCAAAUUUCCCAACAUUACUCUGCUGUGCCUUUGAGAAUCCUGACCAGAAACAGAAAACUCUUAARCCAUCACCACAGCUUCUUCCUAAUGUCAGCAAGACAUUAAAACUUAACAAAGUUCAAGAGGUUGUCUUUGGUCUUGGCUUGAUGAGCUCRUCCAAUGAUGAACUGAAAAGUUUUGCUGGACAAUUUGUCAAGCAGAAACUACCAGAUCUCUUGAGAUCAUAUAUUGAUGCAGAUAGUGGAAGUCAAGAGGGUGGUUUAUCUGACGUAUCCAUUGAAGUUCUACACAGACUGCUAUCAUACAUCAUUCAUGUACCAAGAGAUCUAGUAGGUGUAGGUGAAGAUCAAAUCAAUGCUUUCUUGGAUACUUUAAGGAGAGAUUUCCCUAAAGAACGAGUUCCGGUUGUCCUUGCUCCUCUUCUSUAUCCUGAUUCUCAUGACAUUCCUACUGACAAGCUUAUUCCAGACUCAAAUGCUCCACCCAAAGUUGUUGUAAGUAUCAGACAUAACAUUUUUAAUAAAARAAACACAGAAUGAAAUGCAAACUUUAAUGUAAUU